AUAAAAUCUCUAGGUUAUUACUAUUAAAUUUCUUGCAGUAUAACGAAAAAUUGUAUAGUUAUAACAUCUUAGAAAUGUACAUCCUAUUGUGCUGUUAUAUAAUGGAAAUUUUUUAAUUAUUAAAUUAUAAUAUAUCUUACACACGACACACUACGUGCUCGGAGUGGUUUGAAGUUUUUAUAGUACUUAUUGGUAGCAUUGGCCGGCAGCAAAAUGGCGACCUCGUUUUGCUGGGAAAGUAAAAUCCAAGAAAAGUUCGAUGUUAAUAUCAGGCUAUCGUACGUGACAUGUAAAUAAUAAACGAGAUUUCGUUUAUUUAAUAUUAAAGGAACCACGUUAAUCAUCAUUAAACAUCAUACUUUGAAUAUUCGAUGAGUUUUCGGUGAUACGUUUCUGACAGCGUGUCCGCAAUGGCCGAUGACUCUACUCCCCUGCCUAAAAGGCGUCAAUUGCGAGAAAGGACUAGGAAGUUAUAUACAGAUGAUUGGACUAUUGGCGACGAGGAAAUCGAGGGUCGUAGGACGUUUCAGCUCGAUGAAAAAAUUGAAUGUGACAGAUACAAUCUUAGUAAUUUUUCUGGAUUAUUCCGUGAAAUGGCUGGUUCAGAACUUACUCUAGCAUACCUGCAGAAGCAUGGUCUUAGCAUACCCUUAUUAUUCAGAGACAAAUCUGGAUUGGGAUUACGAGUACCUAGUUCAAACUUUUCUGUCAAUGAUGUCAGAACAUGUGUUGGUUCCAAGAGAGUACUAGACGUAAUGGAUGUCAAUACACAAAAAAAUGAAGAUAUGACAAUGAAAGAAUGGCAAAAGUAUUAUGAAGAUGCUAACAAGGAACGUUUAUUGAAUGUCAUCUCUUUAGAAUUUAGUCAUACUAAAUUAGAGAACUACGUACAGUCACCUGCAUUAGUACGACAAGUUGACUGGGUGGAUGUUGUAUGGCCAAGACAUUUGAAAGAAGCUCAAGUGGAAUCUACAAAUCUUUUGGAAGAUAUGAUGUAUCCAAAAGUGCAGAAGUAUUGUUUGAUGUCUGUGAAAGGGUGUUAUACGGACUUUCAUGUUGAUUUUGGUGGAACUAGUGUUUGGUAUCAUAUCCUACGAGGUGGAAAAAUAUUUUGGCUUAUCCCUCCCACUGAAAAAAACUUAGCUCUUUAUCAAGAAUGGGUAUUAAGUGGAAAACAAUCAGAUGUAUUCUUUGGAGAUAUGGUGGACAGAUGCGGUAGAAUAAGUUUAACAGCUGGUAUGACAUUGUUCAUCCCAACUGGUUGGAUUCAUGCUGUCUAUACACCUCAAGAUUCAUUAGUUUUUGGUGGAAAUUUUUUACAUAGUUUUGGUAUUGAAAAACAGUUGAAAGUUGCACAAGUUGAAGAACAUACAAAAGUUCCACAAAAAUUCAGAUAUCCAUUUUUCACUGAAAUGUUAUGGUAUGUAUUGGAAAGAUAUGUACAUGUGCUGCUAGGGAGAAGUCACUUAGAUAUUUCUGAGUCACAUCGUCAACAUUCAAUUCCACAACACCAUCAACAUCUGCACCUAACACCAUUUGAGUUACAUGGUUUAAAAGCAAUAGUUAUGUAUUUACAUUCAUUACCUUCUACUAAGAAGAAUGUGCCUGACCUUAUCCGUGAUCCUGUUGCCUUAAUUCAUGACGUUCGAUGUUUGGUAGAGCAACACAGGCAUGAUAAUCCAGAAGCAGCUGUAACAGGAAAUCCGGUGUUACCACCUCCACCACCAUUGACAAUUGCAGAAAGGGAGCGCUUGAGAGUAACUAAGAAAAGUUUUGCAAAGAUACAGAGGCAUCACUCACAGGAAAAGUCUGAAAGAGCUUUCCCGCGGCGAAGACGCACUAGGUGUAAAAAGUGUGAGGCGUGUACAAGGACUGAUUGUGGAGAGUGCAUGUAUUGUCAAGAUAUGGUGAAGUUUGGUGGAAGUGGUCGUGCCAAACAAACGUGCUUAAUGAGGCAAUGUCUGAGGCCUAUGCUCCCAGUUACUGCAGCAUGUAAAGUUUGCAGAUUAGAUGGCUGGGGACAGCCACCUGCACCUUUAAUGGGCAAACCAACACCAACAGCACCGUCAAGUUUAGUAGAAUGUUCAAUAUGUUUUGACAUUGUCCAUCCAGAAUGCAUAGGAAUGGAUCAGCAAACUAUAACCGUCAGCGAUGACUUACCGAACAGUUGGGAGUGUCCGUCGUGUUGUGAAAGCGGUCGAAAUCUAGACUGCAGACCACGUCAACCUAAGGCUCGUGCACGAAAACUGUCUGUAUCUAGUGCUGCUUCAUCAGCACCGACAACAGACUCUGAACGAGCUACUACACCAAGUAAACGUUCAAGACCCGAUCCCAGCGAUGCAUGGAAUGACAGAGAACCGGCUGAGGGUGAACAGAGAACAGCUUUGCGUACACAAUUAGCAGUACAAUUAACAGGUUCAAGUAGUAAGUCAUUGAAGAGGCCCCAUGUGGUUGUUAGGCCUGUUCCGCUUCCGCCUGUUCAAAGACCAGGGCCCGAUUUUAAUGGACAAUCUUUAGCGUAUGACAAGACAGCAUUACUUGCUAUUUUUAGAUUUUUAAAUGCAAAGGAUCUGGCGAAUUGUGCCUUGGUUUGCCGUACAUGGGCCAGAUAUAGCAUAGAUCCUAGUUUGUGGAGAAAAUUGGACAUGUCUCAUUCUCAUCUAACAGCUUUACAUUUGACUGGUAUUAUACGCCGCCAACCGGAACAUCUGUCUCUUGACUGGACAAAUGUUACUAAAAGACAAUUAGCCUGGCUGCUAAGUAGAUUACCGCAACUUAGAACAUUAUCUGUACAAGGUUGCACGUGGGCGGGAGUAUGUGCUUUGAGAACUUGCACUUGCCCACCACUCGUCACCUUAGACUUGAGUCAUGUAUCUGGACUGAACGACUCAAGUUUGAGAGAAGUUCUCAGUCCACCUACAGACUCAAGACCUGGUUUGAUUGACAAAACAUCAAGAUUGAAACAUGUUAAAAAUUUAUCUUUGGCUGGAUGUGAUAUCACUGAUGUAGCUUUGAGAUAUAUUGUUCAACACUUGCCGUAUCUCGAAACGUUAGAUCUGUCAUCUUGUGGCAGAGUUACUGAUGCUGGCGUAGCUCAACUAGCAACUUCACCAGCGCAAUCAGUAUCAAAUCUAGCGUCACUCAACUUGUCAAACUGUAGAUUACUCACGGAGGCAACACUAGAUCACUUGGCAAGAUGUAAAGUGCUUAAACGUUUGGAUCUCAGACACACGACUCAAGUUUCGACACAAUCUGUAAUUAAAUUUGCUGCGAAAAGUAUUCAUAAUCUACAUGUAACGGAUGUUAAAUUAGUGGAAGAGAAAAGGAUUAAGACAGACGUUAAAGUUUCAUGAAAAACUGUAUUUGUUUGUUAUGAAAGUUUUUGGCAAGUGCAAUUCGGUUACUGAUUCACUAGAAAGUGAAACCUAGUAUGUAAACUGGCAAUUAUUUAUAAUUAUCAUCAUUCAUUAGCACCGUAUUGCAACUUUAUAACAUAAAAUCAUGGACCUGACUAGCAUAGGAUUUCUAACAUGUUCAGUUUCACCACUAUCAUCAUGCAGUCUGGGUAGAAACUAUAUCUGUAAAUGAUUUAUAAUGAUCAAGGAAUGUUUUAUUUGUUUUAUUUUUAUUACUGUAGAUGCUGUCUUCCUUUAUGCCUGGAUAGCUCUGUGCAUAUACUCAAAUAUUUUCAUGAAUACAGGAUAUUAAAUAAGUAAUGCGGAUUUUAAAAAAUAUUUGCAGUUAAUUAACGUGGAAAUAUAUUAAUUGAAUCGGGAAUGUGUCGUAGCCUGACGGGAUCUAGCCUUUCUAGCAACUAAAGCUAAGAGCGGUUUAAUAAAUGCGGCUAUUGAGUUACAUUGAUCAUGUAACGGAAAUCAUUACUCGCUUAAUAUUCAGUAUUCUAUUAGUACGAAAUGAGAUGUUUGCAUCAGUAUAGAAAUGACUACUGUCACAGUUUUGAGAAGACGAACGGGCAGUAUUUAGUUGGAAUUCUAUACAGAUGUGGAAGAAAUACGGAUGCGGGUAAUACGGAAACAAACAUGUAUGUCUGUAAUCUUGCGACAGGUACUCGGUUGAUUAGCAUAUCGAUGAUAUUAAUCACCGAUAUAUAAAUAAAAGAAAGAAAGAGGUAUAUUUAUUUGUAUGUGUGUUUCGAUAAAUUUCGAACGCAACGGUCACUAACUGACACGAAAGUCGCGAAACUAAUGCAACCUGUUGACUACAUAAACUCAUACUAUAUAGAUACGAACGCGCGCAAUGAAACAUAUUCGUCUAUACCACUUCAUAAUAUUAUUAGAUAGGUGAUUAAUAUUACACUGAAAGGAAAACAUGUACAUUACAUGAAUGUUUUAAUUUACGAUCUGGAUGCUGUGUUCAGUUUAAAUGUUUUUAUGUAAACGAAUGUACAUACAGUUAAUUUCUUUUUAUAAAUUUACAUUUCAGUUUUAUUUUUUGUUGUGCAUAUUAUGUGCAUAAUUUGAGAGUGAUAAUAAUAAUAAUAAUGGAGAGCAAUAAGAAUUUAAUUACCUGCACUUUAAUGCCUCCGUUGUUUCACGAACUUCGUCGCGUACGCAAGGUGUUACGCGCGGUUUAACGAAUACAUCUUUCUCAGUGUGUCACUCGAAAGAUGCAUGAACUAUCCGCACUAAUAAAAGUUCAGCUUAUUUUUUCAACUUAGCUCGCAGUGCAAUGUUGUCAUCACACUUGUUGACGCGGAAUUGUUCAAACGCGAAUACAUUUUUAUAAUUCAAGCAUGCUUAAAAAUACUUAAGGUACGACUAAUGUUCUAAAAACUACAACACCAUUGUAUAGAAUAUGUAAUCCACAGAGAACUAUAGCGAUAUUCUGAUUUUCAAAUAUAAUUUUAAAUUUUAAAAACUUCGGCAUCGUCCUUACCUGUUCGUUUUAGUGACACUGUGUAUUUUACAAUUUUACUUUUAUUAUAGUUAGUCAUAUUAGUCGAAUAAUUAUAAAACAACACAAGAACUGUUUCGUCACACAAUCAUAGAAAAAAGAGAGAUUUGUACAUUUGCUGAGCGGCAACAACUAAACAUGUAAAUAAAUUUAUAAGUGUAUUCAAUGUUUACUUUACGACGCCAAUGCAUUCAAGGAAUAUGCUAGGGAUUUUGUCUCACGUCAUAUGUGCAUAUCUUUUCAGGCCACUCUAACGGGUGGUAGUGGAUUUUCUUUUUGUAGUUACAAAAGUAUAUAAUAAACACAUUUAUGUCAUCGUGUAUUCUAAAUAAAAGAGAAGUCAUCGUUAAAAAAAAUAAAGUUUGUAAAUUCUGGAAAACCUGCUCGUCGAUUGUAUUUCAGUUAUAUAAGCAUGCAUGUGGUAUAGUUUAUGGUAUGUUUCUCUUUUGAUUCGUAACGCUUCCAGUACAUUUUCCAUAGAUACUGGAGAAAACAAAUUAUUCUGUUCACUAGUCGUUAUUAAAGAGUAGUAAUUUCAUACGCUACGGAUAAAACUGAACAGAAAAUUUGAUUCAAGUGUGAGGUAUCCUAUAAAAUACAUUUAGGGUCAGUCGUUUUCGAGAAAGACAGUACCAGCUGGCCGCGCAGAAACACAACGAAGCGUACCUCAAGCACGACUAUUAUCAGCGAACCGCGAGAUACUUUGAGCGAGAGUGUAGAAUUGCCAGACACUAUGACUCGUGGAAUUAC